CUUAUCGAUUGUUUUGCAGCACCAGUGGCCAUCCCUAGCGCAUUGUGUAUGCAUUACGCAUUUGCGAAAUUUACCAGCAAUAAGUUUUUAAAAAUCAAAUUUUAAUACAAUUGGAAUAGAGGUUCUUGUGUUUAUACCAUUACCGAUUACAGCCGGCAAACACGCCACACCUGAGCUAACGUGGCCAUGUACGCCACUAACAAUGGCAGCGUAAAUAAGGCGCCAAAUAGCAAUGCCACAACUAUGUUUGACAACACCAUUACUGUCACACCGAUCAAAGUGGAACUAAAUGACACUUUGACCAAGUCAGCGGCCACAACAACAACGCCGGCCCUUCGGCGACCCAACGCUGUAAUUGUCACGUCACAGCAGUUGACAAUGCCCAUGCAAACGGGCUUGUCCGUAACGAAUAGCAGCGGUGGCGGAGUGAACGCAUCCUAUGCGACAGGCAUUAGCGUAACAUCGACGACUGCGACGACAGCGCCAGCGACGAAAGAGAAACCGACCAAAGCGACGCGCACUCAAAUUGUACGCAAACCUCCACCAACAAUUGACAAUUUUUGGCCAAAUAUCUUGACUGAGGUAAAUGGAAUUGGCCAGGUGGAUGCUAAACAUCAGGUGCUGCCGUUGGCGCGCAUCAAGAAGAUCAUGAAACUGGAUGAGAAUGCCAAAAUGAUAGCGGGCGAGGCGCCGUUGCUGUUUGCCAAGGCCUGCGAAUAUUUCAUACAGGAGCUAACAAUGCGCGCCUGGGUUCACACAGAGGAGAGUCGUCGACGUACGCUGCAGCGCUCGGACAUUGCGCAGGCAAUUGCCAAUUAUGAUCAAUUUGAUUUCCUAAUCGAUAUUGUGCCGAGAGAGGAGAUCAAACCGUCAACCACACAGAAAACCAAAGAGCCAAUCAGCUCGAAUGUAUCAACGGCGGCGACAGCAGCAGCUGCAGCGGCUGCUGCUGUGGCAGCAACCGCAUCUGUUGUUAGCAACAACAAUAUCAAUGCUAGCUUUACAACCAGCAACGUUGUGGGUAGCGCCAAUGUACCUGCUGCUGCUGCGGCAGCUGCUGCUGCCGCUGGUCUCAAAUUAGAUGCCAGCACAGCUGAAGUUCUUGGCUUUAGCACUGUGAGUCCGGAUCUGUUUGCGGCAGCAGCGGCGGCGGCCAAUAGCAAUCAACAGCUACAGCAGCUGACAGCGCAACAGCACCACCAGCAUCAGCCGCAGCAGGUGCAGAUCAUACAGCAGGGUGCUGGUGCACAGCAGUUGCAAUACUUUAUAGCGUUGCCUGGACAGCAGCCGGCGCAGCUAGUGCAACAACUCCAACAGCAACAGCAUCAGCAGCAGCACCAACAGCACCAUCAAAACAGUCUCGGCCUAAAUAUUGUUGCACAACAGCCGACACAACAGCUAAUACUCACAGCCGGACCCAAUGGACAGUUAACGGCGACGCCGGCGCCAACAACUGCGGUACAGCAGCAAACGGCGCUGCUGCAGAAUCUGGCACAACAGCAGCAACAACAUCAGCAGCAGCAACAACAACAGCAGCAAAUACAACUGUUACAGCAGGUGGUAUCGCCCACAGGCGAGCUGACCAAUGUACCGAUCGCCAUAAAUGCCAAUCAGCUGCAAUUGCUACGACUUCAGAUGCAACAACAGCAGCAGCAGCAGCAACAGCAGCAGGUUGCUGCUGUACAAGCAGCGGCAGCGGCGGCGGCAGCUGCACAGCAACAGCAGCAACAGCAGCACAAUCAACAGCAGCAGGUGAUAAUACCCACUCAGUUGCUGACGGCACAGCAGAUAUUGCAGCUGGGUGGGACGCCUACAAAUGCAACAGCUAUAACACAGCAGCAGCUGCAACACCAACAGCAGCAGCAACAGCAACAUCAUCACCAGCACAAUCAUAUCGAAGCAUCGGGAGGCAAGUCUGUUUAUAGAAUAUUGGGCUAG